AGAAAAGCGGGCCGGCGAGCAGUCUGCCUUUGGCGGCCGGUGGUGCGGAGGAGCGUUGGUUGUUGUGUUCGGGUCGGGCAUCUCUCGCCUUCUCGUUGUGUAUGUGUGAGUGUGUGUGCAGAGCGAGAAACGCGUAGUAGUACGAAGGGGGCGUGCGGCACUGUUUUCCUGGCGUCUAGACGCGAAUGUCGCGUCGUAGCGCACGGUCGUCGUCUCUCUGGUUGCCGCGCGACAAGAUCUUCGUGCACCAGAUCGUCAGCUGCUUGCUUGACGUCUUGAAGCGCGCGAGUGGUGCUGUGUAACGAACCAGUCUUAUUAGUGGUUGUGACUUGGAACUCACCUGCGUGUUCGGAAGUUGCAGCCUGCCCCGUCUUCUCGCGGUGUACGUAAUCGUCGAGCGUUUCUGCAAGACUCAACAUCUGCGGUGUUGCGAGGCUUUGUUCUUCUGUCCCCGUGGCAUUUCGAGCGUCGCUUUGUGCCGAGAAGAAGCGGCUAUUUCGUCUGCAUUGUCGUCUGCUCGGUCGUACGUCGCCCGAGCAGCUUGGUUUCGUGGUUCAGCCAUGAGGAUUAACGGUCACAAGGAGGUUCGCUUCCAAGACACCUGCGACGAAGGUGGUGGCAGCCAAGAGCAGACGACCCAUGAGGAAGAGGACAUGCUGAACCAUGACGAGCUGUCCCUCCAGGAACGGGUCAGUGACCUCGAGAAGAAAAGCCUCGAGCAGGCGGACGAGAUCACCUGCCUGCGGAGCACCAUUGCCGACCUGCUCAGGCGCAUCAACCAGCUUGAGGGGAGGGCUCCGGUGAUCACAAAUUCCAACAGCCAUGCCACAACGCCAACCAAGGUGUCGCCGUCCUUGCCUCAACAUCCGGCUGCCGUCCAGAACCGACAUACAUAUCAUAGACAGGCCAGCAACAGUUCCACAUCAUCCUACACGGACGGGGUGACGCCACACAAUGGCAACCACCACCCGACGCACACUUCGCCAGGCGUGGCACCCCAGCGUCGACUCAGUUACUUUCCCACUGCGUCCACCAGCUCACUGCACAGGGGAAUGAAAAUGCGUGAGGGUGGCCAGAGCUCGACGUCAGCGUCGCCCGUCCCGUCUCCGGCGCCCUCGUCUUACCGCAGCUCUCCCUCGCCUCGGCAGACGCCCUCCCCAAACCGCCACAUCUCGGCCUCUACGUCCAACCUGUCUGCCAUGAGGCGGUGGAGCAGCAGCUGCAGCAGCCAGGACUUUUCCACUGGCAACAGACGCAUUGUAAGUGGUUCCAUGUACAAUCUGCCCAUGCGGUCUUCCUCGGGGACUCUCUAUAGACAUGGCACGAGAGAGGCCCAGCUCAAUACAGAGGAUGGCACUGUGCGAAUGUACCUGCGUGGCCGCCCCAUUGUGAUGCACAUUCCGAGCGAGCAGCUACACGACUACAGUCUCAUGAAGGUCAACAGUGCACCAUCGCAGAGGCUCAAGCUGGAGUGGGUCUACGGGUACCGGGGCCGCGACUGUCGGGCCAACCUGUUCCUCUUGCCCACGGGCGAGAUGGUCUACUUCAUAGCGGCCGUGGUGGUCCUCUACAAUGUGGAGGAGCAGAUUCAGCGGCACUACCUGGGACACACGGACGACAUCAAGUGCCUUGCAGUCCAUCCAAACAAGCUCCUGAUCGCAACUGGUCAGGUAGCAAGUAUAGACAGACGAGAGAGAAAGCACAUUGGUGCGCACUCUACGUGCGGUCCCUGUGCGUGCUCCUUGUUCCAGCCCCAUGUCAGGAUAUGGGACUCCGUCAGCCUCAACACGUUGCACGUCAUCGGAGUUGGCGACUUUGAACGAGCGGUCAGCUGCAUUGCGUUCUCAAAGAUGGACGGUGGCUCCAUCCUGUGUGCAGUGGACGACUCGAGCGAACACACCAUCUCUCUCUGGGACUGGCAACGAGGGGAGAAGGGGGUGAAGAUUACGGAGACAAAGAGUGCUUCGGAUACGGUACUGUCCGUGGAGUUCCACCCAAUGGACCGGCACACCCUGGUGACACUUGGAAAGGGUCACAUCCACUUCUGGGACAUGGAGGGGGGAACACUCGCUAAGAAGCUUGGCCUCUUUGAGAGGGACACUCCCGGCAGCGGCGACUCUGCUGUCACAAGCAAAUACCUGGUGAAGAGCAACAAGCCCAAGUACGUGCUCUGCAUGACCUUCACAGAGCUCGGGGAACUGCUCACCGGUGACUCCAAUGGAAACAUCAUGGUCUGGCAGAGGGGCUCUAACAAGGUAUGCAGGACCGUUGUAGGUGCCCAUGACGGGCCACUGUUCUCGAUCUGCGCCAUGAAGGACGGCACGAUAGUCACGGGUGGUGCAAAAGAUCGCAAGGUGGUCCAGUGGGACUCCAGCCUCACGAGGACAGGCCAAGAGGCCAAGCUUCCGGACAUGGCUGGUGGUAUUCGAACCCUUGCCCAGGGCAAAGGCAGCAUGCUGCUUAUCGGGACUACCCGGAACUCAAUCCUGCAGGGAACAUUCAGCCUCAACUUCUCCACUGUCGUGCAGGGCCACACGGAGGAGAUCUGGGCGCUGGCGGUCCACCCAACGCAGAACCAGUUUGUGACAGGCGGCUACGACUGCCAGGUGCAUCUCUGGGACACCCUGUCGCACUCGGUAGUCUGGAGCCGGGAUCUGGGCGAACAGGCGCAGGCUGCCUGCUUCUCCCCCGAUGGCAGCGUCCUGGUGCUCACCACGCGGACGGGUCGGUGGAGCGUCAUAGACUCGUCCACACGGCAGCUCUACUCGAUGCACAGCGACGGCACCGAGCCCAUCGACGCCGUGGCAUUCUCACCAAAUGGCCAGCUCCUCGCCCUCGGCUCACGAGACAGCUUCAUCUACGUGUACCAAGUCAGUGAAGAAGGCCGCAAGUACAAUCGCAUCAGCCGGUGUUCGGGCCAUUCGAGCUUUGUCAUCCACCUGGACUGGGCAGUUGACAGCACGUACCUGCGUUCAUGUUCUGGCGAUUACGAGAUCCUCUACUGGAAUGCCUUGGUCUGUCGGCAAGUCACCAACAUGUCAAUCACUCGAGACCUCAAGUGGCACACGCAGACAUGCACCAUUGGCUUUAGCGUGUACGGCAUCUGGCCUGAGAAUGCUGAUGGCACGGACAUAAACACGUGCUCCCGUUCCCACUCGGGCCGACUACUUGCCACCGGUGAUGACUUUGGCAAAGUCAGGGUCUUCUCCUACCCUGCCUCCCAGCCCAAGUGCCUGAGCCACAUGUAUGGUGGUCACAGCAGUCACGUGACAGCAGUGGACUUCUUGCCCGACGACAACCGCCUCAUCUCCCUGGGCGGACGGGACUGCGCAGUGCUUCAGUGGGCCGUCGUCUGAAAUUGCGAGGGCCACCAAGAGGAACAGUUGGGCCGCACGCUUCGAAGUCACGUGACAAGGAGUUGCACCUCUGCGCCCAGGACGAUACGGGACAACACGACAGGAGUGACACAAAGCUGUCCCGGCUGUUUCAACACACCGGAAAAUUCCUCCACUGUUGAGGGUCUCAAUUGGCUCCGGGGAGCCAGGGCGUUGGAAUUUCCCAGUGGCGAAACGGUCCUGAAUGUGGCUCAAGGAAUCGAACAUGCAGAGGGUGACUUACAAAAGGCAAUUCGGAUGUCAUUUGUGUUCACAGCCUGUGAUUGUCUAUUGUUUGUAAAGUCGUGACCAUCUUUCGCAUUACAUGUCACAGUGUGUUGUUGUGUGGGCAGUUGAUGGAGGCAAAUGUGGGAGCAUGCUGUAAUCAGCUUGCUGAGUGAGGCUCAUGCAAAUGUGCUGAGAAAAUGGCAUAUGAAAAAAAAAGAAAGAUGCUCUCGCUGUCUCUUCUAUUCUGAUUGCAACCAGUGAUUGUCGGUCCUAAUCAAAUUAGCUAUUUGCGUCGCUUGCUGCCAGUGAAAGCAGUUGUAUAUGCAGUUGUUGGAUGUAGAUGUACGAUUCAACGCCGUAAUCAGUUUGCUCUGCAAAAUCAGUGCAACUCUAUUUGGCAAGAUCAUAUGAGCAUGCUGGCACUGCCAAUGGUGGUUAUUGCGGGCUAAGUAAUUUGUAGCUACUUCGAGGGGCGCAACCAUUCUUUUUUUUUUUCUUUCUUGAUAAUUGUUGAACCAACUCAUGUUGUGCAGACAUAAGCAUUGACUGUUACUGUCAUGUGUUUUGGAAAACAGAGGUAGCGGCCAUCGUUUGACUGGUUGUUGAGGUAUGUACGUGUCUAAUAAGAUGUCACCGUAUCGCUGUCGGGAUGUGAUUGUACACUGCCCACUGCACCAUCGAAAGGAUUGUCUGGUUUCUCAUCAAAAUUUAGGUUGCUUGUUGUGUCCGUGAGAUCUGACAAAGUCCGUUUUCAGCGUCACCGUUCACCCCAUGCGCAUGCGAUUCUUGUUUUCUUCUCGCUCUAUGAUUGGAGGACAUCAUCGCCUCAUAAUUAUCACACUGUGAGCUGUUAUUUCAUGAGCACUGUUCGUUAAGAUCCCCCAUAAAUGGUGUCCUCAAUAUGGUUCUCCCUCUCCCCCCCCCCCCCCAUUUUUUUUUUUAAUGUUUGACUCUAGGUGCCUAGUGCAAAGCUUUCGCCAGAAAUAGUGGAACUACUCAGCUCAUGAUCACAGCUCUGAGGUGCUCCAACACAGUCCAGUGACUGUACUCCCUGACAAAGUCACCCCUGUCAGCGUUGUUUCUUUUGACAAAGGCUUUGACAUAGCAUUUUCAUAGGAAGGACAGAUGUGCUAUUCUUUUCUAUGUCCUUAGUGAACAAGUUAGGCGUUGAAGACAUUGAUCAUUGACGUGCCUCAACCACAAACUCUGUAAAGCUCUCACAUGAUUUACCUUGUGCAGGUCAGCUUAGGCCCACAUUAUUUAGUGGCAGGUUUAGCUUAGAUUGUCCCAAAUUACUGCUGUGUGUUGCGCACUUGAAGGUCUCUCUUCACUUUGGUCACCAUCUGAAGCCGCUAUUUCUUUCUCUCUCUCUUUUUAAGCAGCAACUGUUUUCAACCGUAAAUUUAAGUAUGGCGAUAUCAUAAUUAAGUUAGUUCCGACUAUGUUUUACAUUGUCUCCACCACUUUGUGAACAAUUGCUACCAGGAAUCGCGCCUUCUUUGGGCAACGAUCGUUUAUUCAGCCUCUCUCCUGUCAUGCUCUGUUAUGAUGGUUCUGCACGGAGAUGUUGCGAGUACUAGUUGUAGCAUCAUCGAGUUGCCAUUGUGCGACGCUUUCAAAUUUUUUUGCACUUAGUGGCACCAGGUUUAAUGCAGAAUAUUUCGUAUACUCUUGCAGUAUUUCUUGCAUUGUUUGUUUAAUGCCAUGGCUCAUGAGGUCAAUAUACUGUCCUAAUAGACCUUGAAAAAAAAAAAAAACCAAAGGAACUGCCUACAAAGGGAUCAUUUCUUGGCUUUGACUAUGGCCUUCGUGGUUAUCGUUGCAUGUAGACUUAAAUGGAAGAGAGAAAAGGCUGUGAUUCUGCAUUUUGAAGUUCCACAUUGUAGUAGCUCGUACGAAACGACAUAGGUGCUCUGUGAAAGCCAUUAACAUCGGCAAUUUUACUGCAGUCCAUUUUGACUUCGAGUGUGCCUGUUGGUUUGAGCAUGGGUGUUUGCAAGGCCUCAGUGUGUGAUAAACGUAAAAAAAAAAAAAGAAGGUAAGCUUAACAGCAAUACACGAGGCAUGUGAAAAUGUCUACGAAGAGUUGAGGUUGUGACCGCGCUCUUAGCGUCUGCUACAUCUGUGUUGUGUGUACGUGCGUGGCGCCGGACCUGUGUGCAGAGGUCAUACUUCCAACUGCUGUGCCGUAAUUUUCACAUUUCUGAUUUCUAGCCUCACCGAAAAAUUUUGGGAUCGAUUGUUCAAAGUGUUUUGUUGCACGAGCAAUUGUGGUGCGGUCAGUCAUCAGUGACAUAACUGUCACCCUAUCGCAGUCAUUGUGACGCACCUCUGUACGCGAUGCUGAUAUGUAUAACUCAUGUUGGUGACUUGACUAUAGCUGUGUGUUGUACAUUUGCAUGCGGCAAUUUUCGCACCAGCAUGCCAUUUUUGUGACUUGCGCACGGUUUGCCAUGGAGUUGAGGGAUUUGACUGUAUUUACAAGGCGCAUUCACUCCCGAUGUGAGUAAAGUUUGCUGAGAAUGCCAGAACUGUCUCAACUGUCUCAAAGUUUUCACUUCGCACAUCUCUUCGUCUUGAGCAGCAGAUGCUCUCGCUGCAGGAUAUGAUAAUUGUGGUUACGCUCUAGUACGUGUGCUUGCUGUGUAUCACACUGCAAUCCUUUAUUGCGAUAAUACUUCUUAUGCUGAUAGUUAUGGAUCACUAUAUUAUAACUGCCUCUUUUGGCUGGAAGUUAACUUGACAUUGCUCUAGUGUCUUGAAGAGACAGUUGCAAAAUAGCAUUUGUGAUGAGGUGGGAGCUUGAAUUUUCUUGCAUGCUUGCUUCUGGGGGUGCAAACAAACUAUGGAGCUAUCUUUCCGGUGUUUUACAAUUAUGUUAAGGCCCUAAAUGCGUGGCAAUUUUGAACGCUCGUCUUGGUAUGUGCAGUUGCAGUGACAAAGCAUGCUGGCAACUUGCCAUGUUACAUUGCUUGUCUUUAGCUUUCUUUUUUUGCAUGAAUAUUUCUUUUACCGGCGUUGUUUGGGUGCUUAGCACUGGGCAAGUCAUUGAUUUCAUCAAAGCUUUUCAUAUCGACAUGAUCUGCAUGCGGAGUGGGUGUUUCUUGUGAAGAGUGACUCUUGUUUUUACUGCACUGAGAUUGUGUAUUUGGGAAUUGACAGCUGUAUCUGGCGAGAUCGAAGUUUCCUCGAAAGACAACACAUGAGCUACACAUGCUUUUUUUUCUUUUUUACAUUUUUUAUACUUUCUUUUUUGGUAUGUUCGUUCCUGUUUGUCUUGGCAAAUGUCGGGUAGCAUGUAUACUGCCAGUUAGUGGAGGAACAAUUGUGCGUUAAUGGCUCAGCCUUAUCAGCAUCGAAAUGAGGGAUGUCACUGUUACACUUCCAUUGUGAUUCGUUCAACAGGGUUACGGGCCUGCUGCAUUAAUAUUGUGCAUUCUGGGGACGCAGCUGUGGUCUGCAGCUAUUUGUACAUUCAAUCAAAAGCGCAUGGUAAAAGUGAAUGAAAAACGAAUCGAGCAAUAUUCUGCGAGCUUUUAUACGCAAAGUGCAUGACACGCUGUGCUUAUAUAUCCCGGUGCUUGUUAACUUUUGCUGAACGUGCACAUACUUUUCAACACAGUUCAGUGCAGACUAUCCCGUUCACUGGCAGUAAAUGAUGAAACUGCUUGUAGCAGCAGGUCUGUUCAUUGCUUGUCUGCCAGCAGGCUGUGAAAUAGGCAUUUGUAACAACAGGUCAUCAUCACUUAAAUGGGUGUUGUUGUUUUGCUUGUCUGGUCAGAGGUCGUAGAUGUUGAAUGCAAGACAGUGUCUUUUGUGGAGUUACUGACAUGCUCUUAUUAGUUCACGUUUUUCGUGUGCCUACUGUUAUUUUUAUUGUGUCAACAAUGAAUGAGAACUUUGCAGCUGUUUUAUGUUACUAUGCUUACCGUUCAAAGUGAGAGUGCUUUUUUAUUUUAGCACUGUUUACAUUUGUUGCAAUGUUUUACCAACUGCUUGCUCGUAUUGUGGCACAUGGUAGGUUGCGAUUGUUUGAUGUAAACAUGGUGCAUUAUUAUUUUUUUUUUCACAUUUAACAUUUCACUCAGUUACUUCAUGGCAUCUGGAAUGCACGUUGAAGCAUACGCAAUUGCAUGUUUGUACAAGUGCAUUUGAAGUGUUGGUUUCUGCAAAUUUGUGAAAUGAAAACACAUCCACUCUGCACAUGUGCAUAAAGCACUUUGAAUGUAUCUCAAGAGACGUUACAGCUGUCCGCAGAUAUGAAAGAAGCUGUUAAAUCAAGAGGGCUUGCUUCGUAUUUUUAGUUGCAACUUAAGCUAUACACAUUGCAAUACUGGCUUUCAUGCCAAGGCCUGGUAGGAAGCUUUUCGUCUUCAUAAAUUUUUGGAGCAGCUGUUCAUUUUUCUGCUUUUAAAUCAGACAAAGAUUUUUGUUACCUUAUUGAUGUUUCGAUGCAGCUAGGUCAGUUGACAGCUGCAUGGUUCUGUGUGCUGUGUGUGUGCAUGAAAUUAUUUGAACACAUACUGUGGAGCAUGUUUUGGAUCAUACUGUGGGCUUUGUAUGUUUAGGAUGUUUGCGGAGCACUGCCUGCUGUAUUCAGAAAUAUGCUCGACUGUAAUAUCACUCUCAAAUCUGCUCAGUAAAAAGAAGCAUUGACACCCCCCCCCCCCCCUCCUUAUCCAGCACCAAUUUAUAUGGUUACUACGAUUCAGUAAUUGUCCCUCACGAUAUGCCUGAAAUUUUGCAAUCGGAACACUUUCAAUAUGUGCUCAAAGGUGUUGGAGUUAAGGGGGCAUUCCAUUUAAUUUAUCAAUCCUUAAGAGCCUGGAGGGCAUUGCUUAAGGGAGGCACACAGGUGCGUAUUAUGCAACCGACAUGCAACUGCUUAGUGUAGGAGUAGUUUAGAAGCAUUGCUGAAUUGCCGUCACUACUUCAUUCAAGGCUGACCUCAGCACAGCUGAUACAAGUAAGAGCGAACUUCAAGUGGAGGUAGCAUUCACGAAUCUGGAAACGCUGUUUGUUUUUUAAGCUGCAAAGUUUAAAGAGAGCAUCACCAUUGCCACUACAUGUUGCAGCAGUUCUUGCUCAACGUUAAGCUCGAAACGUCUCGGGUGCACAGUUGUGCGAAUCGGGCCAAGCCGGCAGGAUCAUUUCACAUGCAAGCUUUAAGGUAACGAGUAACUCGAGUGUGAGCCAUAUUCAUAGCUGGCGUUGCCACAUGAAUACCACGUCAUGUGGUUCACAUGUAUAAUGUAACAUGCAGCACAAGUUAUGUACAGCACAUGAGAAAGGCGAGUUCAUGUAAUGGCUGCUUGCGGCCUCAUCAUUUCAUCUAUCGUAGCAUCAUUGUAGCUUCCCGUCUUUUUUCACACCUCUUGGGUACGAGCAAAGGUGUGGAGUGUACUGUGUACAUUUUGGUUUCUUGCCAAAAUUUUUGGGGGUGUGAUGUAUGGUCAGGUUUGAAAAUGUGUUGGCCCAAGUGCAUUUUCUUCACCGCAGUGUCUUUUUUUCUUCUGUAGUUAUAGUCUGUGUACAAAGUAUUGAUGAGACAAGAAUGUUUUUUUUCCGUUUUCUUGAGGAUUAGAAACUUGGAACAAGAGAGAUGGAAACAAGGAAGGAAAGGCUGGUUUUUAUGAUGAGCAUAGCUUUUUCACCAUACAGUCCUUCAAAUUGCUUAAAGUGUACAUAACAGGGUUAGUAUGACAUAGUAUGACUUGGAGUAAAAUUAAUGCUUUCUGACAUCAUUCAGAACAAGUUCUUUGUCAUGUGUUGAGUCGUUCAUGCAGUAUGUUAUUGCAAGUUAAAUGCAUCACUGCAAGUCAGUGAUAAACAUAACCAUUAUCAGAGUUAGUAGGCUUUUGUAGAACCAUUACAGAAGAGCUGGGCAAAUUACGUCAACAAAAAAUCUUGUGCAAGGUUGCCUUAUUUCUUGUUUCCUGAAGCAUUGCGAAUCUGCGUACACUUUGACAGUAUCUGCUAAUGCAUCCUUACUGAACACACCUGCAUGCAUUCUCGUGAUUCUGCAUGAUUUCUGUAUCUGGAAUGAAAAAAAAGAAAGAGCUGGUAUCAUUUUCAUAUCUUUAAUACGGAAAACUUUUGAAAUUAUGCAAAUCCAUGCGCAUCUGUUUUGUUGAGACACGUUAACUCAUUGCAAAAUAUAAACAUCAUUCACAGCUCGCAUGCCAUACAUUAGCAUAGUUCACAAGGCAGUUCUCCUUUUCUACGCACAUGCCAGAGUGUCGGGCACAUCACCAUCAUGUUGUUACUUUUUACAUUUAUUUGCAGAUUGAAUAUAUAGUGCAUACAAAUAAUCGGUAAUAAUAUAUACGACAGCAGGAGCAUCCUUAUGCAUCCUGAGAUGUCCUUGAGCUUGGAGUGGCGAUUGUUGCAUACGUGGGCUGCCGCAAUAUGACGAACCUUUUAUGUGUGCAGCUACAGAUUCGUGCCGUGUUGUCCAUUUACUUUUUUUUUGCCAGCAUGGAGGAUUUUCUAAGCCCCGUGUGGGUUUGGGGCUACAAUCGUAUAUCGACAUGUGACCGCUAUGGACUGGCAAUAUUUAUUAUGUAUCGGCUUUGAGUGAAAGCUCUCAUUUUGCUGCUCUCUUUGUAAAUAACUAAUAAAAGUGCACAUCUUCUAUGC